GUUAUAUCUGCACUGCAUAGCAUUGCCUCGUCUUUCGCCGCCGUUCGACCUCCUUGGCCCCACUUGCGUCAGUCUGUCGGGCACAACAAGGCUGUCAGGCUUCACCAUCGGCGUGCCCCUCCUCUCCGGGUCGCGUAACAAUUCUCCAGACUGUUGACCGCCCAGCUUGCACCACAACAGACGCGUCGCCCGCCGCAUCCCACCCAAAGCAUUCCAACGCGGGGAACGCUAGACGCGCCCACUAGCUCUCUGCGCGCACGCCCCUCGUCAGCAGCAAUGGAGGACCAGCUAGUCGCUCUGCUCGCCGCAACCCAGUCGGCCCAGGAGACACCGCGCAAACACGCCGAGCAGCAGCUCAAGUCCCUCUACGGCCACCAGGAGCUGCCCCUCGGCCUCGUGGGCAUCGCCUGCCAUGACAGCGUGCCCCUCCACAUCCGCCAGGCGGCCCUGCUGUCGCUCAAGCAGCUGGUGUUGGCGGGGUGGAGUACCAACUUCGACGAGUUCAAGGGCCAGAUACUAGUCACCGACGAGACAAAGGCGCAGCUCCGCCCACGGCUGCUCCAGCUGGCAACGACAGACCACCUCGACCGCAAGCUCAAGGCCGCCGCCAGUCUGGUUGUCAGCAAGGUUGCUGCCGCCGACUACCCAGACCAAUGGCCCGACCUUCUCGAUAGCCUCCUCCAACUCAUCCCACAUGCCACCGAUGGGCAAUUGCACGGCGCACUGAAGGUGCUGAGUGAGCUGGUCGACGACUGCUUCAACGAGCACACCUUCUUCGGCGUAGCGCCCCAGCUCGUGAAGGUCAUAUACGCUGUGGCUGCAAACGAGCAAAGGCGGCCACAGCACCGAGCACUGGCCUGCAGUGUCUUCCGUGGAUGCUUCGACAUUCUGGAGAUGAUCCUCGAGGACCACAAGGCCUCAGUCAAGGGUUUCGCGGACGAGAUACUAAAGGAGUGGCUUCCUUUCUUCAUUGGAGUCCUGAAGACGAAGCUGUCAAGCCCACCAUCGGAGCAGGAAGAGAUGGAUGAAGCACCAAAUGCCGAAACAUACAAGGGGCUCCUGUCCCUCAAGCUCCAGGUUGUUAAGGUUCUGAUGCGCGUACGAUCCGUCUUCCCCUCUAUGCUCUCGCCUCACAGCCUUGUCUUGUUCCAAGCGACUUGGGAAGAGCUGUCGACCCUCCAACCGGCAUACCACCUCAUGUACAUCCAGGAAGAGCGACAGAGCAGACUGGAGGAUGCAGACGGUCUUCCCUACACUCUCGAUUUCCUCGUUCUCGAAGAGCUCGACUUCAUGCAGGCAUGCAUUCGAGCACCUCCAGUGCGUGCCCAGCUCGAGCAGGAGCUCCAGCACCAGUCCGCCGAUAACUCGUGGGUCACUGAAGUCAUGAAGCUGGCUGUUGGCUAUGCGCAAAUCACGACUGAGGAGGAGGGCCUUUGGGACAUCGAUGUCAACAUCUUCCUUAGCGAAGAGACAAGCGUGACCGCCAACUACACUCCUCGAACCGCGUGCGGUGAUCUGGUAAUCAAGCUUGGCGAAUGGCUGUCUGAGCCAACAAUCAACGGUCUGCUGGCCUACACAAGAGCUUUGUACUCUGGCACUGAGAGCUGGAAGGCGAAGGAAGCUGCGCUUUACGUCCUCAGCCAGAUGCUCGGCGACUUUCAAGAUGUCGAUAAGCAGAUCAGCUCCGAGGCCGCGAGUGGCUUUGUCGACUUCACCCGAUAUGCCAUGCAGCAACCAGAUGCUUUCCUCAGGGCGCGUGGUUAUCUCAUCGCCGGAAGCUUGACCCGGACAUCUGGCGAUGCUCUACAACAGUUCGCUACUUCCUUCCUCGAAGCGUCAUUGCAAGCUAUCUCCAACGACGAGAACGAUGUUGUUCGAGUAUCCUGCAUUCGCGCCUUGCAGUACUACUUGCAGGCUCUGCCUGCCAGCGUCACGCAACCCCUACAGCCCAACAUCAUCCACGCUAUCCAGGAAUAUCUCAACACACAGGAUAUGCAGGAACUGGCCGAUAGUGACGACCUGAUGGUUACGCUGGUUGAGACUCUCAGAGAUGCUAUUCUUAUCGACACUCGCAUCUGCAUCACCGCAAACGGUCUCGACCUAUUGUUCUCGGUGGCUAGUCACGGAGCGAACAACUUCCAGCUCACAAUGUUGGUCAACGAGACUUUCGAAGAAGUGACACAGUCCAUCGCUCGCAUGGGUGGUGAUGCGUACGUCAAUCUGUGUGCGAAGGUUCUUCCUUCGCUUACUGCCGCAUUUGACGUUGGUAACCUCACAGAAGAGAAUGCUCUGACCAACCUGGCCGCCGAGCUGCUUGGUGUUCUUGCUGAAUAUGGCCCUGAACCCCUACCUCCUGGCUUCGUCGCAGCUACGAUGCCCAAGCUUACUCGACUGCUUCUCGGCGCCACGGAUGAGGAGCUGCUAAAGGCUGCCACGAUUGCAGUAAAGAACAUCAUCUCGCACGACCACCAACAGUUGUUCGAGUGGCGCGACGACACUGGAAAAGCUGGACUCGAAGUGGUCCUUCUUAUCAUCUCACGUCUCCUCUCCUCGGCCUCCGACCACGCCGCUGGAGAAGUCGGUGCUCUCGCUGCCGAGGUGGUAGAAAAGGCUGGUCAUGAGAGGCUUGGGCCUUACCUCGAGGAACUCCUGCGAAGUGUUGCUUCACGCCUUGCCACCGCUGAACAGGCGCAGUUCAUUCAGAGCCUGACCUUAGUCUUCGCACGACUCAGCUUGAACCAUGCUUCGGAGGUGGUCGAGUUUCUAGCGCGACAAAACAUCAACCAUCAGAACGGUUUACAGGUUGUAAUGGCGAAGUGGCUUGAGAACUCGAUCAACUUUGCUGGCUACGACGAGAUCCGCCAAAAUGUUAUUGCACUAUCGAAGCUGUAUGAUCUGAAGGACCCCCGGUUGGCUGAGAUCCAGGUCAAAGGCGAGUUGAUUCCUAAUACUGAUGGCCGCAUCAUGACAAGGAGUCGCGCAAGGACCAAUCCUGAUCGAUGGACGAUCAUUCCCGCCACCCUCAAGAUCCUCAAGGUGUUGAUUGUCGAAUUGCAGUCAGCCACAGGUGCGCCGCUCGAUGCUAACGUCGCCGCCGAGCUUGCAGAAGAGGGUUCGGACGACGGCUCCUGGGAAGAUGAGCCGAACCCAUUCGUGGACCUCGGCAGCGGCUUCACGAAGGAGCAGCUGAUGGCAUAUGCUGCGGAUGACGGGCCCAGUAGUGGUCGCCAGCGCGACGAUGAGACACAAGCGUUCCUUGUAGAGUUCUUCACUCGUGCUGCGACAACACCAGGUUUUGCGGAAGAGUUCGGCCAGUUGAACGAGGAAGAGCAGCAGAGGUUACGUGACAGUGCUGCAUAAGUACUGAAUCAACUAUGACGUAUGAUGAUAAGACGAUAUGUUAGAGAAGUUUUUGGACUCGGCAAAUGACAAACCAGCAGAUGAGUGUGGAUAGGAAAGAUCGCAGGC